AUGGCUCCCCCGCGCCAGCGGACGACCGCUGUCGUGGACGACUCUCGUUCCGAGGCUUCCAGCGGGACCAGAGAAAAGACGACAACAGGCAAGGGUCGCAAGGCGGCUAAUGGCUCGUUGGCUGGGAAUUCAGCCUCAAAUCGUGAGAACAAGGCUGCGGCCAAUGCGACCAGUGUGACCAGUGCCCCCGCUGGUCAGGGUGAACCAUCUGAAGAUUUACCCAAGAUUGCCUGGUCCGACAUGCCUAAUGAUCUCCUCCAUUCAUACCGACACGCCUACCGAUUGCCCGCCCCGAGCGCCUUUUCUACCGAAUACUCCCACCUCCUCCUAUCCAAGGGAAUCGGUCUACGAUCGCCUACAUCUAUCGCUGCGCAGCGUGCCCAACUAUCUCAACAGAAUCAAGAAACGAACGGCUCUCGUCCCUUGUCCGCCGCGAAAAAAACUUCGGCCAGCACGAAUGGCGUCAGCGGCAAAGGCUUAUCCGGCGGCCCCCAUAACCAUCAUCGAAAAGCCGCUGGCAGGUCAGCGGAGAAGAACUCCUUGAAUCACAUCCAUGGCCAGGGACGCGUGGGCAAGAAUCAACUUGCCAUGGCUGUCCGCAGACAUUUCAAUGAUGCCAUUAUCCCUGAGCAGGAGGCUAUCGCUCGGUUUCUAUACAAGGUUCGCGAAGAAGGAAGAGGACGACAAUUCCGAUUGAGGUUUCAACCUUAG